AGGUGGGAGGAGGGAGUGACGAGUCAAGGAGGAGACAGGGACGCAGGAGGGUGCAAGGAAGUGUCUUAACUGAGACGGGGGUAAGGCAGGAGAGGGUGGAGGAAAUUCUGCAGGAGACAGGCUUCCUCCAGGGUCUGGAGAACCCAGAGGCAGCUCCUCCUGAGUGCUGGGAAGGACUCUGGGCAUCUUCAGCCUUUCUUACUCUCUGAGGCUCAAGCCAGAAAUUCAGGCUGCUUGCAGAGUGGGUGACAGAGCCACGGAGCUGGUGUCCCUGGGACCCCCUGCCCGUCUUCUCUCCACUCCCCAGCAUGGAGGAAGGUGGUGAUUUUGACAACUACUAUGGGGCAGACAACCAGUCUGAGUGUGAGUACACAGACUGGAAAUCCUCGGGGGCCCUCAUCCCUGCCAUCUACAUGUUGGUCUUCCUCCUGGGCACCACGGGCAACGGUCUGGUGCUCUGGACCGUGUUUCGGAGCAGCCGGGAGAAGAGGCGCUCAGCUGAUAUCUUCAUUGCUAGCCUGGCGGUGGCUGACCUGACCUUUGUGGUGACGCUGCCCCUGUGGGCUACCUACACGUACCGGGACUAUGACUGGCCCUUUGGGACCUUCUUCUGCAAGCUCAGCAGCUACCUCAUCUUCGUCAACAUGUACGCCAGCGUCUUCUGCCUCACCGGCCUCAGCUUCGACCGCUACCUGGCCAUCGUGAGGCCAGUGGCCAAUGCUCGGCUGAGGCUGCGGGUCAGCGGGGCCGUGGCCACGGCAGUUCUGUGGGUGCUGGCCGCCCUCCUGGCCAUGCCUGUCAUGGUGUUACGCACCACCGGGGACUUGGAGAACACCACUAAGGUGCAGUGCUACAUGGACUACUCCAUGGUGGCCACUGUGAGCUCAGAGUGGGCCUGGGAGGUGGGCCUUGGGGUCUCGUCCACCACCGUGGGCUUUGUGGUGCCCUUCACCAUCAUGCUGACCUGUUACUUCUUCAUCGCCCAAACCAUCGCUGGCCACUUCCGCAAGGAACGCAUCGAGGGCCUGCGGAAGCGGCGCCGGCUACUCAGCAUCAUCGUGGUGCUGGUGGUGACCUUUGCCCUGUGCUGGAUGCCCUACCACCUGGUGAAGACGCUGUACAUGCUGGGCAGCCUGCUGCACUGGCCCUGUGACUUUGACCUCUUCCUCAUGAACAUCUUCCCCUACUGCACCUGCAUCAGCUACGUCAACAGCUGCCUCAACCCCUUCCUCUAUGCCUUUUUCGACCCCCGCUUCCGCCAGGCCUGCACCUCCAUGCUCUGCUGUGGCCAGAGCAGGUGCGCAGGCACCUCCCACAGCAGCAGUGGGGAGAAGUCAGCCAGCUACUCUUCGGGGCACAGCCAGGGGCCCGGCCCCAACAUGGGCAAGGGUGGAGAACAGAUGCACGAGAAAUCCAUCCCCUACAGCCAGGAGACCCUUGUGGUUGACUAGGGCUGGGAGCAGAGAGAAGCCUGGUGCCCUCGGCCCUCCCCAGCCUUUGCCCUUGCUUUCUGAAAAUCAGAGUCACCUCCUCUGCCCAGAGCUGUCCUCAAAGCAUCCGGUGAACACUGGAAGAGGCUUCUAGAAGGGAAGAAGUUGUCCCUCUGAGGCCGCCGUGGGUCACCUGCAGAGACUUCCUGCCUGGAACUCAUCUGUGAACUGGGACAGAAGCAGAGGAGGCUGCCUGCUGUGAUACCCCCUUACCUCCCCCAGUGCCUUCUUCAGAAUAUCUGCACUGUCUUCUGACCCUGUUAGUCACUGUGGUUCAUCAAAUAAAACUGUCUGUGCAACUGU